AUGGAAAUGCAGAUGAACUUCUAUUGGGGCUACCGCGCCACAAUUCUGUUUAGCUGGUGGAAGACGCAUGACGCGCUCGACUUCUUCCUCGCGGUCUGCAUCAUCUUUUGCACUUGCUUGUUGAGCGCCUGGCUGAAGCUCCAGUGUCACCGAGUGGAGGAACGGCGUCAGCUCGCUCUCUUUUCUCCUGUCCUUUCGGCCCGCGCCGUGUCGGUCUCGCCAGCGGAAGCUUCUGGAUUGAUCCGGGCUGCGUCUCCGUUUUCCGUCCCUUUGAUCUCCCCGCGCGACGGCGAAGAAAGCCAGACGUGGAGGCAAGCGCUAGGCGGCCCUGACUGCGCGCCGUGGGCGCCCGCGCCUUCGCGGGAUGCCGGAGCUGGUCCAGAGGGACUCCAGACCGUCUCCGCACCUCCAGGAGCUGCGGGCACUGCACAUGCGUCGGCGGAAAGAGGCGAAGUGGCCGGGAGCUCGUUAGCCGCUGCCGGUCUCGGCCAAGCAGUCGGUGGUUCAGCAGCACAAGGAUCGGCAAAGCAGGCAGACCGAGAUCUUGUGACGCACCACGCUGGUGCGUUUGCGGCUGAGUCAAGCGGCUGUCUAGGGAACCGAGGCGUGCGACUCGACGGAGACCCGACCUGGGAGGGCCAUGCCGAGGGUCUCCCUGGGGCAGGAGUGCAACCUUCAACUUUCCGGGAAACCGCGCGGCGUACGCUGUCCACGUGGUUCUUCGCCUGCAUGAUCGCCGCCAUUGACUGGAGCCUCAUGCUCGUGUGCAUGACGUUCAACGCGGGUCUCUUUUUGACGGUAGUUGCGGGAGUCGCUGCAGGACGCACGCUGAUCACCAGCAAAACGCGGAAACUCUGGGCCGUUCCGUGGCAGGAACUUCUUUGCUCCCACGACCACUCAUAG